AUGCGCUUCGGCAACUUGGGUGCCAACGUGCUAGUCAAUGACCUUGAAGCGCCUGCUGCAGACGCCGUCACUCAAUGUCUCGGAGGAGAUGAUAAGGCUGUAGCUAACUAUGACAGUGUACUAGAGGGCCAAAAGAUUGUGGAUGCAGCUAUGAACAAGUGGGGCCGUGUGGACAUUCUCGUGAACAAUGCAGGCAUUAUAUUGGACAGUUCAUUUGCCAAGAUGGCUCAACAGCAAUGGGAUGAUGUAUACAAAGUGCAUUUGGAAGGAACCAUGAGGGUGACAAAAGCAUCGUGGGGCAUCAUGCAAGAGCAGGAAUUGGACGCAUUGUCAAUAUCGCGUCGGCGAAGGUGCAAAUUGCAACAUACUGCAAAUGUUAUGGCUCCGUUGGCAAAAUCGCAGAUGACUGAAGGGUUGUUGGAGAAGAAGUUGAAUGAAAAGCUGACGCCGGACAGCGUUGCUGCUUUUGUUGCUCAUGAAAGCUGCGAUAGAAGUGGCAAUGUAUAUGAAGUCGGUGGUGGUUGGGCAGCUCAGACACGCUGGCAGCAAUUGCACGGUGUAGCAUUUUUUUUCGAAAGAUGA